UCCAGGUUCGCCAGGCGGUGAUAGUAUGCAUCCGUUGGAUGUUAGCACCAAUCACCAAGCUGCUGACGAUUUAAACACAUCUCAACAAGCCUUGACGCCUCCUAUGAAGCCCAUCCAACAUCACUUUUCUUCUGGAGGCCAUGGCGUCGCGUCAGCCUCGUCUGCAGCGUCACCACCAUGGAUUGGUCCUGGGAACAUUCAUGGGGCCCAGAAUGGUAUGCAGACCCCACAAUCUGAGCCGAUGAGAUACUCGCAUUCGCUACCAAUGAGCGGAAGUAGGCCGCCUCCUAGGCAUCUCUACCCUUCCUCAAGCCUCUACUAUCAGACCCCACGACAAGAUGACAGGGAUCGAUUUGAUAGCGAAAACGACAGAGAUCCUUCUCCUGAUUAUCACGACGUAGAUUCUGAUGGCCGCCCAAUAGCUAGGAUGCGCUCACAUGGCUUGAAGCGCAAGAGCCUAGGUCAGCCACUCAGUCGUUCCAAUUCUAAUCAGAACCUUUACUCGACCAGCCUUCAGCAAUACCAGAACCAGUAUUCCUCAAAUUCACACUCUCAACAUCAUUAUAACUCUAGCCAUCGUAGUAGCAGCCAAAACCAUUUGGAUCAAUCUCAAUAUCAACAACACCACGAUCUUAAUGCUGCAAUGCCUCAAAGCUCCAUCAAGCUGAGCUGUUUCCCUGGAAGAGAUAACUCUAAUAUUACCUCCAAUCCUAUACCUAUUACCAGGACUCUGGACACGACCGAGGCUAUGGCAAUGCAUCUCAAUGAGAGUUCUAAACUCGUGAUUGAGAUCCAUCAGCCACGCUCGCCCCAAUCUUACAUGCAGAUGGCAAGCAACGGCAGUAGCAGCAACCGAGCCAGCCAUUCUGCCAUUAUCCAAAGAUCAAAUUCACAGCCCAAUAUAAUGCUUGCUCGAUCAUCUUCGUCAAUUCUUGGACAGAGAAGGUCACCUUCUCUAGAUAGGUCAAGCUGUGAGGGAUCCUCGACUAAGAAACGUACAAAGGCUGCCGUCGCUUCUGCAUCCGCUACGGCCACGGAGUCCUUUUAUACCAUUACGUCACAAGGUCAUGGAUCAGGCGCGCAGAAGCCACAGAAUGAAGCCUCAACAGCCAUUCAAGUAUUUGGCGUAGACUAUCUGGCUAAUAAUGAUGAAGAUGCUACGAUGAAGGAUGGCCAAGUACACGCAGAGAUUGGGUUGGGCCUUUCAACUAUGGCAACAAGCCCUACAGUGGAAGCAUUACGAGUAGCGAAAGGGUCGUCUUAUGCACUGGUAGAAGAUCAGAAAAAGGAGAUGGGAAUUGACUAUUCCAUGUUCACACGGGUUGAAACCGCAGGAUGGAGAAUCUUGAUUCCUCCAAAUGUGGUGGCAUCUUUCCGAUCAGACGAAUUUGGACUGAUGCUGAAGCCCAAAGGGAUUGAAGAGGUUGAGUUUGCCAUUGGAGCGGAAGACCAGGUCCAAGAGCAAGGGAGCAGACACAAACACGGGACGGGCCAGCAAUGA